GUGACUCCUGUCCGUGGGCGUUGCGUGAUUGUAAAUUUCUCCCACUAGUUCCUGGUUCACCCCCACUACCUUGCCUCUUCUCUUCGUCGCCCCUUCUUGUUCUUCCCUUUCCCCGCUUCGUGGGAAUCGCUCCAUGGAUUGGGUUUGCCGGAUGGUUCUGCCCUAAUUUGGAUCUGGAUCUCGUUUCGGAGCUCUGUCUCAGCUUGCGAGAGCUCGUCGUCCGAUGUGUUUCUAGAGUUGCAGACGAGUUAGGGUUUUGGAGCGAGAGCGGGAGCCAAAUUGAGUGAUUUCGGCCGUUGAUUUGUUUAAUUGGUUGCGUGAUUUGGAGGUUAUCACCCUUUAGGAUGGCCUGAGAAAGAGCGAUACAGAGAGAGAAGAGAGUGGUGGAAAGGUCUAUUUGGUUAUGGGAAGCAGCGAGAACGACACGCCGUCCAAGGCACCGAAGGCAUCAGCGUCGCAGGAGCAACCACCGGCCACGAACUCUAGUCCCACCACCACGGUGUACCCUGACUGGUCAGGAUUUCAGGCAUACUCACCGAUUCCGCCGCAUGGGUUCUUUCAUUCUCCUGUUGCAUCGAGUCCCCAAGCUCAUCCUUACAUGUGGGGAGCUCAGCAUCUUAUGCCGCCAUAUGGGACACCACCAUCUCCAUACGUUAUGUAUCCUCAUGCAGGGUUGUAUGCUCAUCCAUCUAUUCCACCGGGUGCACAUCCAUUCAGUCCUUAUGCUGUUCCUUCAACAAAUGGCAAUUCUGAAGCAUCUGGGGCUGUGUCUGGUGGAAUGGAAGGGGAUGGUAAGUCAUCUGAAGGGAAGGAAAGGAGUCCGAUCAAGAGAUCAAAGGGAAGUCUGGGAAGUUUGAACAUGAUCACGGGAAAGAACAACAAUGAUCUGGGUAAAACAUCAAGAGCAGUCAAUGGAGUCUUCUCGCAAAGCAGUGAAAGUGGAAGUGAAGGUUCAAGUGAUGGAAGCGAUGACAAUUCUCAGAAUGACUCACAACAAAAGAUGUGUGGUGGACAGGAUUCUUUUGAUGCAGAGGCAUCCCAAAAUGGUACCACCACAUGUGGUUCUCAAAAUGGAGUAGCUCGUGCACCAACACAGGUAACAUCAAGUCAAACCAUUCCAAUAAUGCCUAUGCCAGUAGCUGGUGUACCUGGAGGGGUUGCUGGUCCCACCACAAACUUAAAUAUUGGGAUGGACUACUGGAACACAUCAACCCCAUCACCCAUGCCUCCAAUUCGUGGGAAGGCCCCUGCAGCUACAGGUGCAGGAGCUAUGGUUCCUGGUGGGCUUUCUGGAUCUCGUGAGAAUGCUCCAUCAGAGCUUUGGAUGCAGGAUGAAAGAGAACUCAAAAGGCAGAGAAGAAAGCAAUCAAACAGGGAAUCUGCACGUCGAUCCAGGUUGCGCAAACAGGCAGAGUGUGAAGAACUUGCACGGCGUGUUGAGGCUUUGAAAGAGGAAAAUAUCGCCCUUAGAGCAGAAGUAGACAGGAUCAAGAAGGACCAUGAGCAAGUUCUUGCUCAAAAUACCUCUCUAAAGGAGAAGCUUGGAGAAACCACCAAAGGAUCAGAAGAUGCAAGACUUGAUAAGAACAGCCAACAUUCUGUAGAUGACACUCAAAAGCACUCGGAUUCUAUUGUGAAGGCAGGACAAGCAGAUACUGCACCGAAUGGUUGCUAGGACCACAACUGCUUCAGACCAUUUUCCGGAUCGUAACUCUUACUAAAAUUUGACCAUGCCCACAUUACGUAGUAUUUUUUAUUGAAGGUUAAAGGUUGAUGCAGUAUAUUACUAUUAGAUAGUCAUGUUUUCAAUGCUGACCUCUCUAAGCAUGGUUCCUGUUAUUAUUUUGCCUUGACUGAUCUUUUAACAGUCAAGUCAAGCAGGAUGUGUUGGAAUCAAGUCUGGUCCUUGUCUUUUUAAAGGAUGGCUAGUGACCUUUUUGCUCCAUAUCUACCCUUUGUUUUAUGGUUCAAUGCAAUGUAUAAUUAGUGAGACUUAAUUAUGGACUGCUUUGUAAUAGAAGUAUAGACAGAUUUGUUAACGUAGUUUAUGUAUACACUGCCGAAUAAUAGAACUGUGAUCAAGUUGUGAUUUGCUAGUCCUUGUUGGUUUAAUGGUGCUUUAAAUGUGUACCAGAACAUGAAGACAUCUGAAACAUACGAUAUGAUAUGAUAUGCUUUUUUUUUUUAAAAAAAAGGGUAAUUCUGUCUUUGAAAUAGAUUUACUACAUGCAAUUUUGAAGCCUUCCAUGAAUGAAAAGGCAUAAAUUCCUUGGGUGACUUUUGGACUCUGAAUCAGCCUGUAUUGGAUGAUUAUUCCAAUCCUGAAAUUGUUCGGGUAUCCAGGUUACUGGAGGAAUUUUGCAAAAAAUUCAGAUCUUGCAAGUUGAGAUCUGACAAUAUUGCAAACUUAAUAGUUUAUCUAUUUUGUUCUGAUUUGAUUGAAGAAACAGAAACUUUGAAUAGAAAGAACAAACCAAUUGUCAGUGAUCUUGGGAGAGGCAGAUGCUGUUGCAUUGGAAAUUGCUUUGUUGAGCCCAGCACUUGUCAGGCACCCAAGAGCAUGGAUGAUACAAACAGGACACAUUGAUUGAGUGCAGGAGCCCUGAUGUUAUGCUUAAAAUCCUCUGGAAGGUAGACCACAAGAACCAUGUAUCAUGGAUCUUAUGAUAUUACAAUUGGAGUGGUAAUGGAUUCAUGGAACCUGCAGUAGGUGCGUAAAAAAUGAGCCAGAGAUUGUGCAAUGGUUUGUCUGCUGCAGCUGGUGGACUUGCAUGGGAACAAGUGAUUGUAGUGGUUCUGUCUAGGUGAGCAGGUGACAUCGUCUCCAGAUCUCCACUUAUAGUCUUUUACCAUGACAGCUGGUUGAGGACCCAGCCCCUUGCUUCUCCUGCACAACAUAAAUAUUGAUUUUAGAAGAGAUGGCUGAGAGGCUGAGCUGAUAUUCUAGGAGCCCUUAUUAGCAAGGCUAAUAUCAGGUACACAACCAUGGUGGACCUUAUCAAACGCCAUCUCCCUGUUUCAAUUGUGCUAGUUCUCCAAUGUUGUCAGGUUACUUGUAUGUUAAAUGAUGGCUUCACACUGAUGCUUUAACAGCUAGGUUCAUGCCUCUGCAUAAUUUGUUAUUUUGUCAGCAAGGUUGUAUGAGUGGCCUAGCAAGUUGUGAUGGUUCAAAAUGUAAAAUAAACCAUCCAAUUUAUUUUCCUUAUAAUGUAUCAUUGAUGUUAAAUUAUUAUUUCGAAGGUAUAAUGAAGCACACGUUAUUUUUA